GUGCCACAACAUUUAAAUGAGCUAUACUCGGCCACAUUUGGUGUUGCACAAUGGCGACACCUAUUGUGACAUACCAAGUCUUGCGCACGCGCCUUGAGUUUGCAUUUUGGUUUCCAUGGAAGCCGAGUUGUCGCUGCUGCGUAAAUGUAGGAAGGAGAGGUGGGAAUCUGACCUAAAAUCACCGAUCGAUGAGAUGUAAACAAAUACACGAUGGAAAUGUUCCCGAAGGGAGAGAAAAUGAGAGUGCUGCAAAAAGAACCAUCGAAACCACCUUCAACGCAAUCUCCGCCAAACUCUGACACGGAGAGCCUGGUCCAGGGUAGGGCCUGCCACCGACCAGCAGUGCACCACGGUGAAGCUCGCACGGUGCGAUGCAUGGAUAUUGGGGACAGCCUUGAGGCUGAAACGGGAGAAAGAUCGGAGGUGCACCAGGGUGGAGGGAGAAGCCUCGAGAGGUCUACUGAUCGGUUUGAAGUGAGGAGUUCAACACCUUUCCCCACCAGAGAUCAAGAUGCCUAUCAUGAAAUUGGUGGAACAAAAGCUACAGGGCUCCACCGAGACCUGCCCUCUGACGCCUACUCGGACCUGCGCUACGACCCCGACUGGCGCUCCAACCUCGAGGCGUCGGAGCGCUUCAGCGACAGCCCCCUGCGCCAAGAGGAGCGUCGGCCACAUCGGCCGGGCUCCCCGCGGAGGUCUGGGGGUACAGGAGAAGAGCUGGUCAUAAAAGGAGGCUACGAGUACGUCGUCACCUCCGGUCCCCCUCGUCCCCCCGGCCCACCGAGUGUGGCCCAGGAGGAAGCCCAAGGGUCCUACCAUCUGCACCCUCGGCCCAGCCCGGCCACCGGAGGCGUAUCUGGCAACCCAGGCCAUCCCAGACCCAGAGUCCUCCGUCUCCCUGUAGCGAGCCAGACCCUUGGGAAGGGAGGCACGGCCGUCCAACGGGAGUGUAGCCACAGGGACACCGGGGAGUACCGCAAAGUCCCUGCUCAGCCGAGACAGAACGUGCCGGAAACACAAGAGGAGGCGGCGGCGGUCGGGAAACUGUACAAGAAUACUUCAAAAUAUAAGAGUCCUCUUCUGGCGAACAGAGAUCUUGAAGGCACGAGAGAGGACAUUGUCGAGCGCAACAAAAUCACCCUUGGGCGAAACACAUCCAAAUAUGGCUCCUAUCUAAAGGCUCACACUCACAAGCAGGAAACAGACGAUAUGACGGCUCAAGAGGAGGAAGAGGAGGAGGAGGAGGAAGAGGUCAUCUGGCAUGGAGCCGAGUGCACAGUGGAGGAAGGUUUGGACCAGGAUCUAAGGUGGCUCCAGAAAACACAGCAGCUGAAGGCCUACCAGUCCUCCAGAAGAGACAGGCCCCAGCAGAAGGGGAACCCCAGCCCCCGGAGACCCACCGGAGCUCCCCGCCCUGGGGCCGCAGACAGGCCCGGGCCCCGGCUCCGCCCCCCCCCUGGUGGCGGUGGCGGUGGUGGUGGCGGCGGUGGUGGCGGUGGUGGCGGUGGUGGCGGUGGUGGCGGUGGUGGCGGUGGUGGCGGUGGUGGCGGUGGUGGCGGUGGUGCUCGACCACAGCCUAGCAAGGAACUGAUCUUCAAGAACACGCCCCCUGAGGUUUUGCCGCCCAUUUCCUCCUCUGGUGACUCCGCCUACUCUCAGACGCCGGUGACAUCGCCGUCGCCUAUGGCCAACGGCACCGGGUCCUUCUCCACCACAGGCGCGCCUCAGGGUCUCCACAAGGUCAGUUACCGGGACCCCCAGACCGUGGUCGGGUACUUUGACGCCCAGUUCCCCGGGGACGUCCGCGCUUUCAUGCGACCGCUGCGUGGCACCGGUGGGCGGGGUCUCGUGGCGCUUGGCUACCCCCAACCCCAGAGAGGGUAUCCACCGCUGGGCUUCCAGAACAAGACCACCCCAGUGGGAAGCAUGCAACGGGCCCAAGCACCGCAAUGGACGCUCUCCCAUGACCAGGAGCAUUUCCUGAUCCAUCCUCCCGACGUAGACGAGGACGUCUUCACCCAAGACGGCCGCAGGUGGACGGGAGAGGUGCAGCUCCGGCGCUCGGGCUCCCACCCGGUCCUGCCACCCAUAGGUGACGACGGGCGGUCGGGUGGGGGGGGGGAGCCCCAGCCACGCUCCGGGUACGUCAGCCCCCUGAGGAGGAGCUCCGAGCCCCCCUGCCCCAGCGGCUACCUGGCACAGAUGGAGAGGCAGAGGCAGCUCAAGGAGAGAGUCGCCUACAAGGUCUAUACUCUAAAGGACUACAGGCAGCUGAGGCAGGUGGUGAACCUGUGCGGCCUGGGUCCUGAUAAGGCCAAUGAGAAGACAGCAGAGAAAACGAGACGACAGAGGCUGUAUUCAAAUGUGAUCCGGGAGCGGAACAAAAAGACGAGCACGGCCCCCGUCCUCCCGCCCCGGGACCCGGAAGACCCGGACAAGACGGUUCCCAGGAGGAAGGCAUUGGAAUAUGCCAAGAGUAUCGCCAAGCCCCACCCAAAGCCCCGACCUAAAAAGCACCAGGACCAUUCAGGGGGCUUCCCUGGCCUGCUCUGUGACGCCCACCUGGAAGGCCUGGAGCUGGCCCAGCUGGAAGCGCUGGAAGACAUGAGGAGACGCCACGAGGAGGAGAAGCGGGCCGUGGCCGCCUUCCAGAAGGGGCGCUUGGUCUGAGGUGCGCCACCACUGUCCUGCCGGUCCGAAACAGAACCACGACUCGGAGGAAGAGACGUCCACAUCACCUGACUGUUUACCACCCCGUGCAGGGGUAAUAAAUACAGCUGCAUCACGCCUAGUGCACUGUCAACAACAACAACAACAACAACAACAACAACAACAACAACAACAACAACAACAACAACAACCAUCACAACAAAAACCAUGAAAAGCAGAAGGAUUCCCAGCAGAAUGAUUAGUACAGACCGAUGAGGCCUUUUACUUGUGAAAGCACAAAUGCUGGCUGACACAGGAGUUAAGGUCUUCGGCAAAUGAUUACGGAGCAAAUGUGUGAAAGCGUUCGCGAUCAGCGACACAUCAAAGUCUGUUUAGGCUGACUCCUGUCAUAGAAACACGGUUUGGUUACAUACAUUUUCCAUACAAAAGUUUUGCAUGGUAUACUUUUGAUUGGUACAUACUAUAUACUUGUACUGUACAUUCAACUGUAUAAUGGAACAUGUGGCCGUGGUUAUACUUAUCUGCAAGUAUCGAAUCAUCAUCAAUCAUCAACAAAAAUCACCCCGACACACACACACCACCGGAUUCUGUGUUGAUGCUGAAACAUUCAUAAUGAAAAACGCUUCACACUCGAGUGUUUAUCCUGCAAAAUCACGGACGUUGUUGACAUUUCGAAGACCCCCCCCCCCCCCCUCUGGCUCCAAAGCUUUUGAGAAUGCUGCACCUAUUUUUGGUAGAAGUACAGACUUUUUUACAGUUAUUUAUUUAUGAAAAAACCUAGGUGGAUUAAUAAUAGUUAAUAGAUAAUAAGCCUUGCGUACCUCUAUGCCUGAUAGACCUCUAUGAUGCACAGCCACUGUCGGCUGGGGUGAGUGACCUCACCCCAGCCUGACCGGGAGAGAAACAGAGAAACGGUUUCUCUUCUAUACACUGAUAAUGAGAUAUCAGGUGACAUGUAGAAGCGCACAUGAUCGGUUCUCCCAGGGAACAACUUUAUAGAUAAAUACUUCAAAAUGAACAGGCCCCCCCCCCCCCCCCACCAGCCCCCCAAAAUAUACACUCGCCCCGAACGUUCACCGUUCAACGUGCGAGUCUCAAGCACCGCAUUUCGCUAAUAGAACCCCUCAGAUCAUUAUCAAAGCACUAUUUGGCUCUCUGCAAUAUUUUAAUUAGUUUAUAGUCUCUAUUUAACCCAUCAGGGGCUCUUUGAAGCCCUCUGUUUUAGUGUUUAAGUCCACUGAUGAGCAAAGUGUAAAUGAACACACACAAGCCCACCACCCACCACCCCUCGGUGUGUUUUUUUCCAACGCUGUCUACCCAGACCCUGUCUCGCUUGCAUCUCCUUUCUCCCUUUAGUCCCUCCUCCUUAUGUUUUUUGCCCAUUGAAAUCCAGUUAAUUGAAGGGGUCUUUCACCACCACACAUGAAGAGGGCCUGAAUUAGCAUCCCUUUCUGCCCAUUGGAAAAGCUCACAUGUGGACGUUCCGCGCUUUGAUGUGAGAAGCACGCUUUUCUCUGCGCAAGGCGGCAGGCUUCCUGAAAUGGGCCUGAAAUGAGCUGAUGAGCCCGCUGUUAGGGCCCAAAUGUAGAUGCGUCCAUGUGUUGCAAAACGCUUAAUCUUUUAAUUGAUCACCUUCCGCAUGGCCUAUUCUCUGUGCCGCCCCCCCCACCCCUACUCUUUUACGUUAAUCAGAAUCAGCUUUUCAAAGGGACAUGGCGGGGGGGGGGGGGUGGAGGGGAGCGUGGCAUAUCCUGUUUUAGAAAGGAGAAUGGAAAGCUUUGCGCGAGGAAGAGAUUAAAUGCACAAAUGCACACUCGUAGAGCUGUGUCUCUUAAUGCCUGCUUAAAUGGAUUUGAUUACAACAAAAAACAUGUAAUACAAUAUUUAACAUUUUCUGUUUGUGUGUGUGUGUGUGUGUGUGUGUGUGUGUGUGUGUGUGUGUGUGUGUGUGUGUGUGUGUGUGUGUGUGUGUGUGUGUGUGUGUGUGUGUGUGUGUGCGCGCGCGAGAGACAGGAUAGA